UUCUCCGUCCCACAUUUGCGAUCCUUCCCUGGCACCACUGGGGACGUGCCGUCCAUCCAGCGGGCCGCCCGGCGCUGUCCCCAGCACCCCAAGUCCUUAGAGAGGGUCUAGAACACCUCCCAGGGACUUUGGCGCGGGUGCUCUCACUAAAGGCAGACGGCCACUCUCUCCACUACCCCCUUGGUUCAUUUCUUGCGGUGACCCCACGGUCUGCCAACUUCGCGACCUGACUAUUUGCUAGGGUCACUCCUGCGCGGUGGAAGCCGCUCCGGGCAGCGGCGACCCGCGAUCGGGACUCAGGAGCCGGGCGGGUAGGAUCCUGCCGGUGGCACUAGGGAGUGCGCGGCGCCAAGCGACACCCCCCUGCGGUCACUGCCCCGGCGGCAGCAGCUGCGGCAGCGGCAACUGCUCGCAUCCCAGCCCCGGCUCGGGUUACUCCCCUCCUCCUCCAGCAUCUCGGGCCAGACCGGGAAAACCUUGUUCAAGUUUGCGGCGAGUACUUUCCCCGUGCGCAAAACUAGGGGUCUGGAAACGCGCCGAGACCGGCCUCCUUUCCCGCGUGUCCACUUUGGAGCCUCAACGGAGACCCCCAGGGAUAUGUUCCUGGAGGUGAGGAGCUGGGCGUGAGUUCCAGGUGCAGGCCAUGCUGUUAUUACACACCCGAGCUGGUGAGUGCCUGGCACAUAGUAGGUGUUCAAUAAAUGCCUGCCGAUGACUUCAUGUUGUUCUUCCGAAAAAAAUGGUUAUCUCUUUGAACUCAUGCCUGAGCUUUAUCUGUUUCUCGUUAUGCCUCUGGAGCAGAACAGCAUCAUCCCUGAAUCUUGAAGACCCUAAUGUGUGCAGCCACUGGGAAAGCUACUCAGUGACUGUGCAAGAGUCAUACCCACAUCCCUUUGAUCAAAUCUACUACACCAGCUGCACUGACAUUCUGAACUGGUUUAAAUGCACACGGCACAGAAUCAGUUAUCGGACAGCCUAUCGGCAUGGGGAGAAGACUAUGUAUAGGCGCAAAUCCCAGUGUUGUCCUGGAUUUUAUGAAAGCAGGGAAAUGUGUGUCCCCCACUGUGCUGAUAAAUGUGUCCACGGUCGCUGCAUUGCUCCAAACACCUGUCAGUGUGAGCCUGGCUGGGGUGGGAUCAACUGCUCCAGUGCCUGUGAUGGUGAUCACUGGGGGCCCCACUGCAGCAGCCGGUGCCAGUGCAAAAAUGGGGCUCUGUGCAACCCCAUCACGGGGGCUUGUCACUGCGCAGCAGGCUUCCGGGGCUGGCGUUGUGAGGACCGCUGUGAGCAGGGCACCUACGGUAAUGACUGUCACCAGAGAUGCCAGUGUCAGAAUGGAGCCACCUGUGACCACAUCACGGGGGAAUGCCGCUGUCCACCAGGCUACACUGGAGCCUUCUGUGAGGAUCUUUGUCCCCCUGGCAAGCAUGGGCCACAGUGCGAGCAGAGAUGUCCCUGUCAAAAUGGAGGAAUCUGUCAUCACGUCACUGGAGAAUGCUCUUGUCCUGCUGGCUGGCUGGGCACAGUGUGUGGUCAGCCUUGCCCUGAGGGUCGCUUCGGAAAGAACUGUUCACAAGAAUGUCAGUGCCAUAAUGGAGGGACGUGUGAUGCUGCCACAGGCCAAUGUCAUUGCAGUCCAGGAUACUCAGGGGAACGGUGCCAGGACGAGUGUCCCGUUGGCACAUAUGGAGUUCGCUGUGCUGAGACGUGUCAGUGUGUCAACGGAGGGAAGUGCUAUCACGUGAGCGGCUCAUGCCUCUGCGAAGCAGGUUUUGUUGGUGAGCACUGUGAGGCACGCCUGUGUCCAGAAGGGCUCUACGGCAUCAAAUGUGACAAGUGGUGUCCCUGCCACCUGGACAACACUCAUAGCUGUCACCCCAUGUCUGGAGAGUGUGCCUGCAAGCCGGGCUGGUCGGGACUCUACUGCAAUGAGACGUGUUCUCCUGGAUUCUUCGGGGAAGCUUGCCAACAGAUCUGCAGCUGCCAAAACGGGGCUGACUGUGACAGUGUGACCGGGGAGUGCACCUGUGCCCCAGGAUUCAAAGGAAUUGACUGCUCUAUCCCGUGCCCGCUGGGAACCUAUGGAAUAAACUGCUCCUCUCUGUGUGGCUGUAAGAACGAUGCUGUCUGCUCACCUGUAGAUGGGUCUUGUACUUGCAAGGCAGGCUGGCACGGGGUGGACUGCUCCAUCAGCUGCCCCAGCGGCACUUGGGGCUUUAGCUGUAACCUGACCUGCCAGUGCCUCAACGGGGGAGCCUGCAACACCCAAGAUGGGACCUGCACGUGCGCACCCGGGUGGCGCGGGGAGAAGUGUGAGCUCCCCUGCCAGGAUGGCACGUAUGGGCUGAACUGUGCGGAGCGCUGUGACUGUAGCCACGCCGAUGGCUGUCACCCCACGACGGGCCACUGCCGCUGCCUCCCGGGAUGGUCAGGUGUCCACUGUGACAGCGUGUGUGCUGAGGGGCGCUGGGGCCCCAACUGCUCUCUGCCCUGCUACUGUAAAAACGGAGCUUCGUGCUCCCCGGACGACGGCAUCUGUGAGUGUGCACCCGGGUUCCGAGGCACCACUUGUCAGAGAAUCUGCUCCCCUGGUUUCUAUGGGCAUCGCUGCAGCCAGACAUGCCCACAAUGUGUGCACAGUAGUGGGCCCUGCCACCACAUCACGGGCCUGUGUGACUGCCUACCUGGCUUCACAGGUGCCCUCUGCAAUGAAGUGUGUCCCAGUGGCAGAUUUGGGAAAAACUGUGCAGGAGUUUGUACCUGUACCAACAACGGAACCUGUAACCCCAUUGACCGAUCUUGUCAGUGUUACCCGGGCUGGAUCGGCAGUGACUGCUCUCAACCUUGUCCACCUGCUCACUGGGGCCCAAACUGCAUCCACACGUGCAACUGCCACAAUGGGGCUUUCUGCAGCGCCUACGACGGGGAAUGUAAAUGCACUCCUGGCUGGACGGGGCUCUACUGCACUCAGAGAUGUCCUCUGGGGUUUUAUGGAAAGGACUGUGCGUUGAUAUGUCAGUGUCAAAAUGGAGCUGACUGUGACCACAUCUCGGGGCAGUGCACCUGCCGCACUGGCUUCAUGGGGAAGCACUGCGAACAGAAGUGCCCUGCAGGAACGUAUGGCUAUGGCUGUCGCCAGAUAUGUGACUGUCUGAACAACUCCACCUGUGACCACAUCACCGGCACCUGUUACUGCAGCCCAGGCUGGAAGGGGGCACGAUGUGAUCAAGCCGGUGUCAUCAUAGUUGGAAAUCUCAACAGCUUGAGCAGGACCAGUACGGCUCUCCCAGCUGAUUCCUACCAGAUCGGCGCGAUCGUGGGCAUCAUCAUUCUUGUGCUGGUGGUUCUCUUCCUGCUGGCCUUGUUCAUUAUUUAUAGACAAAAGCAGAAGGGAAAGGAAUCGAGCAUGCCAGCAGUAACAUACACCCCUGCUCUGAGGGUCAUGAAUGCAGACUAUGCCAUUUCAGAAACCCUUCCCCACAGCAACGGGGGAAGUGCGAACAGCCAUUACUUCACCAACCCCAGUUAUCACACGCUCACCCAGUGUGCCACAUCCCCUCAUGUCAACAACAGGGGCAGGAUGACCAUCGCCAAGUCGAAGAACAAUCAGCUGUUUGCGAAUCUGAAAAAUGUGAAUCCUGGGAAGAGAGGCCCAGUGGCAGACUGCACAGGCACACUGCCGGCGGACUGGAAACAUGGUGGCUACCUCAACGAGCUUGGAGCUUUUGGACUUGACAGAAGUUAUAUGGGAAAAUCCUUGAAAGAUUUGGGCAAGAAUUCCGAAUAUAAUUCAAGUAACUGCUCCCUAAGCAGUUCUGAAAACCCAUAUGCCACUAUUAAAGACCCACCUGUACUUAUCCCGAAAAACUCAGAGUGUGGCUAUGUGGAGAUGAAGUCGCCAGCACGGAGAGAUUCCCCCUAUGCAGAGAUCAAUAACUCAACUUUAGCCAACAAGAAUGUCUAUGAAGUUGAACCUACAGUGAGUGUUGUCCAAGGAAUAUUCAGCAAUAAUGGGCAUCUCACCCAGGAUCCAUACGACCUCCCAAAGAACAGUCACAUCCCUUGCCAUUAUGACCUGCUGCCAGUCCGAGACAGUUCCUCCUCCCCCAAGCGAGAGGACGGUGACAGCAGCAGCAGCAUCAGCAGCGAAUGACACCAAAGGACGGCUCGGUAGCCGCUGGAACAGUUUCCAGAACUGCACUUCGGUUCUUCUCCAUCCUCAAGUUUGCCACCUUAGGUGAAUGUUAAUCUACUUGGUAGGCAACUGUUGGACAUGAACCAGAAAGCUCAAAGCUGAGGCUGACUGACCGUAGGUCCUCCUUAUACAGGUGGCUCGGAAGGAGAUAUCAAUGUGACUUCCUCUUCUUCUUAGUUUUAGAACUGCACUCGUGAAGCGCGACUUCCUAUAAAAUCUGGGCUAAAAGCAUGAACAUGCGGAAGUCCUUGGGAGGGAGUCAUGGGGUGCGGUGGCUGUUGACAGUAUGGCUUGAACGAGUGCAAUUUCAAUAUUUUCUUUCUCAUUUGCAUUGCAGAGCUGUACUGAGGAUUGUGCAGUUUGUCAUAAAAUCUAGUGUGAAUCACCAAGCGUGUAGAAGAGAAGGGGCAUAUUAUCGAGUACUUAUGUUUAUUUUUUUUCAGCUGGACUCAGAAUUAUAGGGAUAAUAUGAACCCAGGAAGAAAUGUUCUGUCAAGUGGCAUACCUGGAGAGACUUGGAGUAAACUCUAGAAUUGGUUAGCACAUUUAAAUAUGAAAACUUUAGACCUUUUUUAGGAUGAAGAAAUGAAAAAUUAGAAUUAUUUUAGAAAUAGUAGAAUUAUUUCAGGAAUCAGUAUACAGGUGUGGCCGGCAGAGGGUUGUCUUCUUCGACCCUUGGCCCACUUUUGAUCCAUGAGGUCAUUCGGAUCACUGUCCCCAUCGUACAUAUUCACCACUUAAGGUCCAUAACAUAUCAAUAAUUAUUUCAUAAAUAUGGAAAUGAAAUAGUUUUAUUUUUGAGAGACUGGAUUGAACAAGUGUAUAAUGAUUGGAAAAGGUUGUAAAUUUUAAGUGUAAGAAGAUGCUUCGGUUUUGUAAACCAUUAGUAACACAUGCUGUAAUAUAGAAUUAGAAAGUUUUGAUUAAUUUUUCCCUAGAAGUGACCAGAAUAUUUUUGUGCAUAUUUGAGAAAAGGGCACUUUCCUUUUAUUAAUUGUUGAUUUAGAGAAACUAUGCUUAAGCUGGUCUUUUGCAUUGCUAAUAUGACGUGUACCCCAUUUUUCAUUAAUUUGUAUUUCCAUUUUUAAGUUGUAUAUUCUAUGUUUUGUAGUGCUUGGAUUGUUAAUGAAAAAAAUUAUAUUAUAUGUCCAUUGUUUCUUGUAUUAUUGCCACUUAUCUUUUUGCUUGAUAAAAAUUCAUUGUUCUUUUUUCCUUUUGGAGGGAGGAGACAUAAGUAUAUAAAUCAAAUCUAUUAAAAAUCGGUCAUUACUUAAAUAGUAAAGUAACCGUAGGUGAAUGGCUUAUAAUUGAACUAGAGAAGCUUUUUAAUAUUCCAAAAUGGAGCUCCUUUUGAUCUGUGGGUUCUGAGUCUUGGCUAAGCCAGGGGGUUAGGGGAGUGAGGAGCUGUUGGUUAUUAGCAAGUACCACAGAUUGGUCUUACUGAAGACCUUCAUUGGGAUGAUCCCACAACUGAUCAUCCAAACUGGGACACUUUUGAGAGUAAAUGAGGGCAUUAUUAAUAUUUAACCUGCCAUGGGCUUAAAUCUGGACUGUCCCAAGCAAACCAGAAUGGAUACUCAACCUGUGCACACCUGUCACGCACUAACGUUUUUCACUUCAAGGUGGUUGUCUCGAGAAUGCCAACCUGAUGCAAAAAAGCCAGUUUCUCUUUGACUUACCUGAGCAAGCGGAAGGGCUGAAAUGCUGCAUGAGGAAGCAACUUCAUGAGAGAAAACUGUGGCUGUGAAUCUUUAAAGACAGGAAACCCUAUGUGGUGUCUCAGUGAAUCAGCUGACAUAUAUGUAUUGUGCACCCGUUCCACCGGUAGUAUAUAUACAUAAGGCAUUGUCCCUGCCAGUUAUCAAGUUGGGGUAUCCAGUGAGUUCACAUCACACACCUGCCCCCAUGGUGGUGAUUUGGUCAGGGAGAUGAUAGAACAAACCCACCUCGAACAUUCACUCCUUUGGUGGUUGUUUCUUGUUGAGAACCCCAUAGUUAAUUCAAGGACAUAUGGAAUUACUUGGAACACACCUUAGAAACAAUUGAUUCAUUCCAACAGUUACCCUUUUGCUGACCCUUGGCUUAAGGGGGUGGGUAGGCAUCUAAUUGAGACACUUGUGGGUCACUAGCCACGAAAAGUCCUUUCUGGUAAGAAAAAAAGUCUUUUUCCUCUUCUCGUUUAAGCAUCAUCUCUUUACUGUUCCAUGAUACAUUUGAGUCUCCCCAUAACAUCCCCGAUAGAGUUAAAAAAAAUUUUUUUUCUCAUUACACUACAAAAAAAACAAAACAAAACACCGAAACCCUGAAAGCUUCCUGUGCAAAAACAAGAGCAUCUCAAGCAGAAAGCCUGAGCAGCAGAUGUGGAUUCCGAAGGGGCACUGACAUCCCUCCCUGUGCAUUCUCUCUGGUAGACCAGUUGCUCAGGAUUGAUGCUGUUCUGACACCACAUUUGUAUCAGAGGCGAUACAGAGUUUGGCGAUACAGUUGCUCACCAGAGUUCACUCAAGAUUUUUCAAACACGAGAACACAUAUAACAUUUUGGGUAUUGUAAAAAUGACAUAGUGUAUUUGGAGAGGUAUAGUUGAGAAGCCAAAGCUUCCUAGAUAUUUUGAUCCAGGUUUGGGUAAAGAGAGAAAUUCAUCUGUUGGAAUUAAAAGACAAAAGGACCUGGCAAGUUUGUUUUCCGCCCCCUGAAAUUGCCACCUUUGGAUCCUUCCAGAUAUGUCUAAUGUAAUUUAAUGGUGAUGUAAUUCUUUAUACACCGUGACUCUAUUCUCUUGACCUUUGAGCUCAUUCAUUGGGACGCUAAAAUUAACUUCUUCCUCAUAUCCUACAGUGGUCAGAGCAGUGAAUGAGCUUGGCAAUACCAAGGAAAAGCCAUUCACAUAGGAAUGUCAGCCAAACUCUUCUUUCCCUAGAGGAUGAUAUGUCAGGAAAUUUACAAACUAUUUGUAUUUAUAUAUAAAUACAUCAAAAGUGGCCCAGCUAAUAGCUUAUGUACUUGCUGUAAUAUGGAGAAUAUGUUAUUUAUAGUGAAUUAUAUGAUAAGGAAUAUUUCAUAAUUAUUUACAAUGCUUGCUAUAAUUUCCUCUCACAUGCUACAGUCAUUAUACCAAGAGAGCAUGCAAUGUGUUUAGCAUUAUCUCUAUGGUAAAUUAUAUUCACCAAUUUUAGGAAAGCCAAUGUAGAAUUUUAUAAGAUAGUUAUAACCUAUCCCAACCAAUUCUAUUAGCACAACCACUGUGUGCUGUGAGAAAUGCAAACCACUUUAUGAAAAUGUGGUCAUUCCAAAGAGCUACAGCAGUACUUCACAAUUAUUGGGGGGUUUUAAACCAUAAAUAUUGAAAAAGUUGCAUGGGAGUAUUACACUACUAACUCAUGUCAACAUUAGAAGUCCAGUUACCACUUAGAAUAAGACGAAGUCAAAAAAAUUGCAUUUUAAGGUUAUGUUUUUUAAAAUAACAAAUCUCCUAUCUUCAGUAAUGUCUUUAUUAUUCCAACUCAGUAUUUAAUAGAUAUUUUGAUCUUAAAGGCUUUACGUCAUUGAAGUGUAUACAAAUGUGCCCGUGUGAGUCACAUAGUGUGGAUGAGUGCUUAUUUCUUCACUAAAGAUGUACAGCAAACGACCCUUUUAGGGUCUUCUGACCAGUGGUGACCUAACACCGGGUCUGCUUGUUUUCAUUCAGUAUUUAAUCCAGGCUUCCUUUUGAUAUGAAGAAAUCGCAACAUAUAUUUUUAAAAGGAAAAAAAAAUCAAAAUACGUAAGAAUUUUCCUGAUUGUAGCAAACACAAAAAUGCUUUCAGUGUGAAAAUAUCUCUAUUUUCCAAAGAUGGUAAACUUUGGUCAGUAUUAGCUCACGUUGUCAUUUAUUAUCACCAAAGGAGGAUAGAUUAAUGCAAUAAACUUUCUAAUAAAAAAACCUUUAAAGUAGUGUUUAUUUGUACGUCUGAUUCAAUUGUUAAUGAGAAGUGAAAACCUUAUGAUCUUACUGGAAAAAUUAAUAUUUUUUCACGUGUAACACCGUAGCACUUUAUAUAGGCACGUAAAAACAAUUGCAUUUUAUUAUAUUUAACUGUUCACAUAUCUGCUUUCCCUUCAGACUGCUUGUUCUUUAAGGACAGAGGCAAUAUUUUGUAUAUAUUUGGAUUCCAGCAACCCCGGUUAGUAGCCGAGAGUCAAGUCUUCUGUAUAAAUAACUUUAGGUCAUCUUACUUGAAUUUGUUUCUUAAA